AUCGCAGCUGAAUCGAUUUUGAUCAACUAUCAAGAUUAUAAUCAUAGAUUAGAUUUAAAUCAAUUAAUUUCAUCUUGUCAAAAAAAUGGUUCUCAAGCUACAACAUUAUAUCAAUUAAUCAAAACCAUUAACAAAAUGGUAAGAUUACAAGAAAUGCUCAAGUUUUCGAAUGAACUGUCAUACCUAUCAGUAAUUGUACUCACAGCAGGAGAUAUACAAGAUGACAUCGUCAAAUUUUUAGGUUCAACUUAUCUAUCAUCUUUUGAUUCGAACUCGAGGUCAAAUUCACACAAAUCAGGUUCAAUUCGUAUAGAAAAUUUAUUUGUACCCAAUGUAAACUAUUAUCCAUUUGAAGAUUGCUUUAUGCCAAUUUUAAAUCAAAGGAGAGAAGCCAAAUCAAAAAAAACAAUUCGACUCCUUCUAAAGCAAUUGAAAGACUUGGAAUUGAAAUCCUGA